CAUUCAGUCCCUCUCCGAUUCACUCAAUCGGCGUGUUUGCGGGGAUUGGUGGUCGGUGUGAGGAGUCGCCGGGCGGUGGUGCUUUGAAAAACGCCUUUGUGAAGAAGAGACGCCGCUGAAAAUAAGAAGACACGACCCCCGGUGACGAACCUGUGUGAGAUUAUUCAACGCAGAGAUUACGCCGCGCGCACGAGCCAGGCUAUCCGCUCGUAGCCUGCUAGCAUCCCUGAAAACAUCAAGGUGUACGUCGCUAGCCUCCAAGCUAAUUAUCCAUCAGUCAUCGUCCUCCAGCCCGGGCAUCAUUAGCUCGCUUCUCCCCGUCGAUUCCCCCCCGUCUGCUCGUGCCGACGCCGUUACUGUUCUACCGAACACCCCCGACGACAGCGGUUCCCCCCAUCCGGCGGUCGGAGCGGGCGUCUGCGUUCCUUCGGCUCAGACACCCUCGUUCAAACCCCGUCACCUCUGCCCCUUGUCCUCCACCGAAACACUGGAAGUCCACAAGCGGCCGGAGGGCGGCGAGGGGCCGGCGAAGCUGGGGGUGGUCACGUUACCGGACUCGCAGGGAGCCGUUACGGCAACGGACAAGCACAGCCGGGCGGAGUCACCGACGGGGAUGGACGGGCUGGCCGUGGAAGUUCGCGGCUCCAACGGGGCCUUCUACAAGGGUUUUAUCAAAGAUGUCCAUGAAGAUUCACUCACAAUCGUUUUUGAAAACAACUGGCAGCCAGAGAGACAGUUGCCCUUCAGCGAUGUGCGGUUGCCUCCUCCAGCCGACUACCACAAAGAAAUCGGGGAAGGAGAUGAGGUGGAGGUUUACUCCAGGGCCAACGAGCAGGAGCCAUGUGGGUGGUGGCUGGCGCGGGUCAGAAUGAUGAAGGGAGAGUUCUACGUAAUCGAAUAUGCGGCGUGUGACGCCACAUACAAUGAGAUCGUCACAUCGGAGCGGAUCAGACCCCUAAACCCCAACACCCCGUCCUCUAGAAACACCUUCUACAAAGUCCCCAUCCCUGUACCAGAAGACCUGAGGGACAUCUGUGCAAAUGACAGCAUUCACAAAGACUUCAGGAAAGCUAUUGGGGCAAACUGCAUCUUCUACAGCGCACAAACGCAUGAGCUCAUCGUGUUGUCAACGAAUGAGACGACGGUGAAGCGGGCGACUCUGCUGAGCGACAUGCAUUUCCGUAGCAUCCGUACCAAGCUCAUCUUAAUGUCCCGGAACGAAGAAGCUACCAAACAUUUGGAGACGAGUAAACAGUUAGCAGCUGCAUACCAAGAAGAGGUGAGAGUCCGAGAGGACCUGAUGGGCCUGGCCAUAGGCUCUCACGGUGCCAACAUCCAACAAGCAAGGAAAGUUCCUGGAGUUACAGCCAUCGAGCUGGAGGAGGAAAGCUGCACAUUCAGGAUCUAUGGAGAGACUCCUGAGGCAGUCAAACAGGCCCGAGAGUAUCUAGAGUUUAAGGAAGACUACUUCCAGGUGCCCAGGAGUCUAGUAGGCAAAGUCAUUGGAAAGAAUGGCAAAGUCAUCCAGGAAAUCGUUGACAAGUCGGGCGUGGUCCGAGUCCGGAUCGAGGGAGACAACGACAAAAAGCUUCCCCGGGAGGAGGUAGGCAGGCAGGGGGCCGGCAGAGACGACACUGCUGGCAGCAAAGAGGGGAUGGUGCCCUUUGUGUUUGUGGGAACCAAGGAAAACAUCAGCAACGCCCAGGCUCUGCUGGAGUACCACGUCUCCUACCUUCAGGAGGUGGAGCAGCUGCGCCUCGAGCGCCUCCAAAUAGAUGAGCAGCUCCGUCAGAUUGGAGUCGGGUACCGCGCCGCUCCCGGCCGAAGCGGUGGCCCAGGACCCGAUCGCGAAAAGGGCUACCUAACGGACGAGAGCAGCAACUCGCUCCACGCUUCCCGCACAUACGGGGGCCGUGGCCGUGGUCGCAGAGCCUCCAACUCCCAGUACUCUGGAUAUGGCACCAACUCUGAACUGUCUAACGCCUCUGAGCCCGAAGAUGCUGAGCGAGAGCAGAGGCCCCGAGGGUUAGGCAGCGACGAGAGGGGCUCCCGGCGGGGCGGCAGGGGCCGAGGCACUACAUCAGGACGGGGGCGAGGGGGGCCAAUGUCGAAGCCUUCCAGCACCAUCAGCUCAGUACUGAGGGACCCGGACAGUAACCCCUACUCUCUGCUGGAGGGGGAGGGAGAGCUGGCUGACACAGACAUCGGCGACGGCACUGGAGGAGACCGCCGCAGGCGAUCACGGCGCCGCCGCAACGACCAGGAGCCGAGCGUGAUGGACGCCGCCACGGAGUCAGACGGCCAGGCGGGUCCCAGUGAGAACGGGCUGGACGAGGACGCUCGACCUCAGCGUCGCAACCGAAGCCGCCGGCGCCGAAACCGGGGUGGGCGCCCAGAGGGGGGGUCCAGCAGUCGUGACAGGCAGCCGGGGGAAAGCGUGACGGUUGCUGACUACAUAUCCCGGCCCGAGUCGCAGAGCAGGCAGAACCUCCCCCAGAAGGAAAACCACGCUGAGCCCAAGGAAAACGGCACUAGUGCCAACAAGGACGAGCAGACGCCCUCCAAGCGCUCCCCCAGCAAAGGCGUGAGCUCCGCCAGCGAAAGCCUGACUCUGGUCAACGGGGUCUCAUAAAGAGACGGCGCCGGACCCUCACGAACCCAAGUCUAGAGCAAGACUCCACGGCAAACUCUGUCCCUGCUUGCAUUAACUUAAACCUUUAACAGAUGAGUAAUGAGUACAUGACAAAUACCCGAGUUCAUACUAUGACAGUGAAAAAGUACAAAAAAAGAAGCGACAAACGCAUCUACUAAAAAACACAAGAAAAUGGUGUAUGCUAUUCUAUCUAUCAGUACUUAGUGCUUAUUUAAAACACAACUAGCUUGCCAAAAAAGAGCUGGUGGAAAUGACUUGAUUUCAAAAAUACUGAAACACAAACGGGAUAAGACACUAUUUCUUUUUUCCUUUCUUUUUCAAAAGGUUGUGUGUAAUUGUGUCCUUUUUUUGUUUAUUGCGUUCAUUGUUGAUCACUGGUUUAGAGUCGGUGGUUGCUCUCAGCCAAAACGAGGCGAGUUGGUGUUGAGAUACCGACACCGAGAGAGAUUUGGGUCGUCAGCAGAGCUCAGUCGAAGUGAAGUUCUAACACUGAACCUCGCAGUGAAGAUGGACCGGUUGCGAUUUUGACAGAUAUUGUGCCUUGAAUUUGAAAAACUAAAAUAAAAACCGGAGUUUUUCCUUUAAGGUUGCUUUUGUUUUACGAGAGGAAGAAAGGUGAGAGAGGUACUAGUAAUUUUAUCUUUUUUUUUCUUCCUUUUUUUGGCUUGAAGGAAGGAAAAAACCUUUCCGUUAAAAGAAAAAAAAACAAAAAAAAGGAUCCCGAAAGACAGAUUGGCUGGCCAACGUGAGGAAAACAAAGUCUGGUGCCAAACGUUAAAUUCAGGGCGCUGGUCCUCAUUCCGUGUGGAGUGGACAGCCUUCGGGUCAGUGUAGCGUGAGGAGACGUACCUGUGUCCGUGCACCAUUAAGACGUUUUGCUACCACAAAACCAACAUGGGUGGGGGCGAUGCAGCAACACAACGAAGGCGGACAUGCUGUGGCUUCUAGCCCGAAUUUUGGUCUUUCAAGGGUCCAGGGCUGCACCUGUAAAGCCUUGUAACAGGACGGGCUCCGGCCAGGCCGACGGCAGACUUGAAAUCUAGAUUUAGACUUACAACAACUAAACCGCACCUCUUUCUCUGUGUCAGAGGGGGGGGCAGCGGCUCAAGCUUCCAGCCACACUAGUGUCUUGAUCAACCACUGCAGCGCGCAGCUCCAAACACAGAACCAACUCUGCUGUCGGGGGUGCUGCUUGCGGGGAGGGCCUGGAGACUGCAGACUGUGGAAGAGCUUCAAAUGAACUGAGAGCCACAUGACACACAGGUACACAAACCAGGCAUACGCAACAGGCGCGCUAGUCGUCACUGUACAGGACGGGAGGAGCGAACCCCGGCGGGGGGGUCUGUCUGUGUUGGCAAACUGGAGUAAGAGACAGACUGGAAACCUCAGUGGCUCUCUGCUCAUGUUGUUACUGUUGUCUUGGUUACCGCUCUCAAUAUAUUUUUGUUGCUAUUUCCACAUCUUUAGUAAAUAUGAAAUAAAACAUUGAAGUGAAAUCAA